AUGAAUGCUGGACCCGCCGCGUACGAAGUGUAUGCUCAAGAGCUCUACAAUCGCGCGUGGGGCUAUCCUCUAUGGGAACCUGAGCCGGAGGCGCGGGGCGAGGUUCUGAUUGGUGAUGUCGGUUAUCUCAGGCAUGGAGCAUUUUACCGCCUCUUCAACGCAGUGACAGUGGUGGAUGGGGAGACUCAACGAACAGGGACUCCGAACCCGCCCUCCGGCUCUGCGAGGUUCAUCCUCGAUCAGUCGUUGGUCCACUCCAAGUCUAACGCGAUGAGCAAAGGUCCCCACUAUAGUAGAAGUGUUCGUCGCAUCGGCAUGGGAGCUGAUGCUGGAACUCACGGGGCCAAAUUCGGGUUCGAAUGCGAGUGCACUAGCCAAUAUGGCGCCAUGGUUAUCCUGGACACACCCGGAAUACGCGAAGAGCACUCUGAAGCCAAGAUCGCCAUCGCAAGUGAUUUUGACCUGAUUCGCGUGUGCGAGAGUCGAUCCGACGAGGAUCGUCCUAAGCUCAUCCCUGAUGAUAUACCGCGCUUUCUGGAGGAAGUUCAGCCAGACAUUGAAGUGACUGAGGACGGGCUCGGACUCUUACAAUUUAUUGAUGAUGACACUGCGGUGCACAUCGCGGAGAGUGCGAAGGCUGGAGAUGCGUUGCCUAGCGCACCAACAGCGGGAUCCUCGAACACCACAUCAACUGAACCCACUCCACACAAGGAAGCAGGUGACGAUCACGGAGGCAGGCGAGGGGAUUCCGCAGUGUCUGGUCCCGGAGCCAGCGAUACCAGCCAGGUUGACUCAGGAGCAGGAGCAAUUGAUAUCAACUCUGCAACUCCUCCGAGCAGCCGCGACGAGGACAAAUGGAAGCUCGGAGAUCAGUAUCACGUUCUGCCGCUCCCUCCACUGAGCAGCGAACAGCGCAGAGGUGGGAUCUCUGCGCUCGCAUACUCGCCUGUGGGUAGGGAGAUCGCUGCCGGGUUCGAAGAUAACACCAUCAUCGUCUGGACUGCGAUGAAUCGCUCUGUGCGCUUCCAAUUCGAAGAUCAUAGCGACACCGUCUCCUCCCUCGUCUUCUCUCCAGACGGGAGCAAGCUGGUCUCAGGCGGACGCGACGGGCGCGUCAUCAUCUGGGACCUCAUCGACGGAGGGUCGAUCCGGUCGCUCAACGCCCACCAGGGUGCCGUCGAGCGCGUUGCAUACUCGGCGGACGGAAAGCUCAUUGCUUCCGGCGCCGAUUCGGUCGUGAAGCUCUGGGAGGCCGAAAGCGGAAACCUGCGCGGGACGACGGAGGAACAUGGCGGGAUUAUCAUGUACGUCGUGUUCUCGCCCGACAACGAGCGAUUCGUGUCUACGAGCUCCGAUGGUUCCGCACGCGUAUGGAGCACCCACACCGCGUCGCAUGUCUGCGAUCUGAAAGGGCAUGAGGGAGUCAUCUACACUAUCGCGUAUUCUCACGACGGGAGAAGGCUCGUCACAGGCGCAGACGACGGCACCGCUAGGAUCUGGAGUGCGCUGAUUGGAGAUGAGUUCGCGAGGCUGAGCGAAGGCGAAGGCGGCUCGGUGUGGGCGGCGGCGUUCUCUGCAGAUGGCAAAGAGCUUCACUCUGUCGGCAGUGAGCGGGUGAUCAAGACGUACGAUUCCUUCACGGCCGAGCUGAUCGACACAAUCGACGGCGGCGACAAGGUCGCUAUGGCUCCCGCGUUCUCUGCGGAUGGUCGUCUGCUCGCCGCGGGUGGUGAGGACCACAUCAUCACGGUGUGGGACAUGGCGACGAAGCAGGAGGUUGUUCAGUUGCCCGGGCACACCGACAACGUGAACUACCUUGCCUUCUCCCACGACAACAGGCAUAUCACAUCUGCAUCGGAUGACGGUACGGUGUGCAAAUGGGAGCUCCCUGCCCUGGUGACGACGACAGCUUAG